AUGCCUUCUGCAGACAGAAAACCCCGAACACUUUACGACAAGGUUUUUCAGGACCACAUCGUUCAUGAGCGAGAUGAUGGAACAAUUCUAUUAUAUAUCGAUAGACAUCUCGUCCAUGAAGUCACAUCACCGCAAGCGUUUGAGGGAUUGAGGAACGCCAAGCGAAAUGUGCGGAGACCAGAUUGUACUCUGGCCACUACUGAUCAUAAUGUGCCCACUACGCCCCGCAAGAACUUCAAGAACGUGGGACAAUUCGUCGAGGAGGCUGACUCCCGCACACAAUGCCUCACCCUGGAAGAGAACGUCAAGGCGUUUGGCUUAACCUACUUCGGCUUGGGCGACAAGCGCCAGGGCAUUGUACAUAUUAUAGGCCCAGAGCAAGGCUUCACUCUGCCCGGGACCACUGUAGUCUGUGGUGACAGCCAUACAUCUACACAUGGAGCCUUUGGAGCCUUGGCUUUCGGUAUCGGCACCAGCGAAGUUGAACAUGUACUCGCGACACAGACGCUGAUUACGAAGCGAAGUAAGAACAUGAGGAUACGAGUGGACGGUGCGAUACCACCAGGGGUCAGUAGCAAGGACAUAAUUCUUCACGCCAUCGGUGUAAUUGGCACUGCAGGUGGAACUGGUGCAGUCAUCGAGUACUGCGGAUCAGCUAUACGAGGGUUGAGCAUGGAGGCUAGAAUGUCAAUUUGCAAUAUGUCCAUUGAAGCAGGGGCAAGAGCCGGAAUGAUAGCGCCAGACGAGACUACAUUCAAAUAUCUGCAGGGAAGGCCAUUGGCGCCAAAAUUUGACAGCCAGGAAUGGAUGAAGGCCGUCAAAUACUGGUCAAGUCUCAAGACCGACGAAGGCGCGACUUUUGAUGAAGACGUUUUUAUCGAUGCUAAGGAGAUCAUUCCGACGGUAUCUUGGGGAACUUCGCCACAAGAUGUUGUUCCUAUCACCGGCGUCGUGCCGAACACUGAUGACUUUCCCACGGAACCAGCAAGGGACAGUGCAAGACGUGCGCUCGAAUACAUGGGGUUAACGCCUGGCACACCCAUGGAGAAUAUAGAAAUCGAUAAGGUAUUCAUCGGCUCUUGUACUAACUCGAGGAUCGAGGAUCUUCGAGCCGCUGCUCGCAUCGUUGAUGGCAAAAAGAUUGCGCUAAACAUCAAAAGGGCCAUGGUUGUCCCUGGCUCUGGUCUUGUGAAGAAGCAAGCUGAGUCUGAGGGUCUCGAUAAAACAUUCAUUGAUGCCGGGUUCGAAUGGCGGGAAGCCGGCUGUUCUAUGUGUCUGGGCAUGAACCCAGAUAUCCUCUCCCCAAAGGAACGUUGUGCAAGCACCUCAAACCGAAACUUUGAGGGCCGCCAGGGUGCUGGCGGCAGGACCCAUCUCAUGUCACCAGUCAUGGCGGCCGCUGCCGCAAUUGUAGGCAAAUUAGCAGAUGUUCGAAAAUUAGUAGACGAGAACGUUUCACCAGCAAAGGCUCAUCCGAAGGUGCAGCUUGGCCCUGAAGUCUCUGACACUGAUACCGACGACGAUCUGGAGCGUCUACUCGAUUUACCAGAGCACAGCCAGCCUCAUGCCAAUAGCGCCACUGCAAGUUCCUCAGGGGGCCAGCCAAAAUUCAGUACAGUAAGGGGCAUAGCGGUGCCCAUGGAGCGGUCGAACGUUGACACAGACGCGAUAAUCCCCAAGCAAUUCUUGAAGACGAUAAAGCGCACCGGUCUUGGGACGGCUCUUUUCUACGCUCUCCGUUUCAAUGAAGAUGGUACCGAGAAACCUGACUUUGUCUUAAAUAAGGAACCGUACAGGCAUGCCAAGAUACUUGUGGUUACAGGACCAAACUUUGGCUGUGGUAGUUCUCGUGAGCAUGCGCCAUGGGCAUUGCUUGAUUUCGGAGUCACAUGCAUUAUCGCUCCCUCAUACGCUGACAUAUUUUUCAACAAUACCUUCAAAAACGGCAUGCUACCGCUGGCUAUCCCGGACCAAAAUACCCUACUCAAGAUUGCUGAAGAGGCCAAGGCAGGCCGUGAGAUUGAAGUCGAUCUUCCAAAUCAACGAGUCAAUGAUGCUUCGGGAAACAAGCUGGCUGACUUCGAAGUUGAAGAAUUCCGGAAACACUGUUUGGUUAAUGGUCUUGAUGACAUUGGCUUGACCAUGCAAAUGGAUGACAAGAUCAGGAGUUUCGAAGACAGGCGAUCGAUUGAUACGCCCUGGCUCGAUGGGAGUGGCUAUCUGAAAAGAAGUAAUAGGAAUGGUCCUGUCAAGGUGGAGGCUGCACCGGUACCAAAGACCAACAGAGGAGAGCUGCUUGAAGAACCUUUGGAGUGGUAG